AUGGUUAAGCUGAACAUCCUCUCCAUUGCCUCCGUGGCUGCCUUUGCCUCUCUUGGUGCGGCUAAGAACUGCCAAACCCAGUUCGAAUACUGUUCCUCAGCUCUUCUGACCCGAGGCAACUAUGACACCCAGAUCCGGAAUGCGGUUGCAGACGCUCAGUCCUCAUUCCCUGGCGUGAACAGAGACAACGCCUUGUUUGCUUGCCUUGGAGGCUCCAAUGGCGAGAUCAAGGUUAUCCAGAAGUGCGGAUACCAGUGCAAGAACGGAGGCGACGGCCACACAGACAGCUGCUAA